GCAGCCUGUUCCAGUGCAACACCACCCUCUGAGUGAAUAUUUCAAUAGUAUAGAAAUUCAAUUUGUAUCUAAAUAUAGUUAAUUAGGUAUCUUUUAAAGUCAUCUAGAGAAACGCACUCAAUCACUGUCAUAUGGCUGGGUUCUGCUGCAGUUCUCUUAUUUUCAAACAUUGCAGAACAUCUGUCAGCACACAACUGCUCCUUUGUUUAAUGGCAACUCCUUGUUGAUGGAUUUUCUUUUUUUUUUUCACGUACAGAAUGGAAUACAAAAGCCAACAAAGAUCAACAAUGAGAAUGAUGUGAUAAUUAGCUGGAGCUUGGGAGAAGAGAUAGGAAGGAAAUGAACUGAAAUUAUAGCUGUCUUUAGUGGAUCUUGCCAAGUGUCUUCUCUGGUUGGUUUUAAUUUAUGUUUGUUCUGAUUACUAUCUCAUGAAUAAAGUUACAAAAUUCCAGCCUCCAAAGAGGCAAAGUUUGUCUGGUGAAAUGUACUGUGUGUAACAUACAGACUAUUCACACUAUCUGUUCAUCAGUUUCCAGUUUGUAAGGAAGAACAUUUCUGUCUCACUCUUAAAUUUAUCAUGUUCCUAAGGGUGGAAAGCAUUUAGCAAUAAUUGUCUAGUUCUCACUUUCCUAAAUUUUGCUCCAAGUAGGAGAGAGGGAUUAAGCCUGAUGUCAAUAUAUAUCUCAGAUGAGCUCUUCUAUUCCGUGCUUAAGUCUUUCUUCAUGUUUUUUACUCAUAUUCCUUGAAACAAACUCACAUACCCAGAAUCUCCCCUAGCCUUGACACAAUCCUGACCAUGUUUUAUGUGCAGAGAUGAAGUCCAGGCCCCGCUAAAAUGGAAGUUUUGCUAUUGGCUUCAUUGUGUAUGGGAUCUCACCUCAGCUCCUCAGACCUCAAUAUACUGUCUCAUUUGUUUUCCAUUACUGAAUUAUCUAUUAGCAUAUAUAAGGUAAAACAGAAAGAAGAUUACAUUUAUUCUUCUCAAUAAGGUUUAAUUCCCUCUCUUUUCUCUGUACGUAAGACUCCAAGAGAGAAAUCUGCAGAACAAAAAAGGGGAAAAGUGGUGGGCAGAGUCUAAGAUUACGAUCCUGAGAUAAGGAGAAGGGUAAAAUGUUUUGUAAAUCUAUUAUGUGCAGUCAUUAAGGAAUGAUAGAAGCCUAGUAUUUCAUUUCAGCACAAAUAAUGAAGACUGGCCUUUUCAAAUAGAUUUAUAACGCUAAUGUCAGAGGGGUUAUUAGGUCCAAUUUGUGCGAUACGAUCCCUUAAAUCACUCUCAUUUGCCUUUCUGUUGAGCUCAGUAACCGAUGUUUGAUUGGUGUUAUCCAGAAGACACCCAAUUAUGAAAUGAUGACCUCUAGAGAGAGAAGAUCCACUGAUAGCCUUGGUAGCUUAAUCAUAUUUGCCGUUGGAGUAGAUACUUGCUUUCAACUCAACUAUUCUCAGUUUCCAACCAUUGUUCCUUACUGUAACUGUGUGCCAGACCAAAUGACCUUUCUGGUGCUUUGUUCUUUAUGACUCAAAAUAUUUGUUCACUUUCUACACUGCAAUGAAAGGUUGCAGCAUUUAUGUUCGUAUGAACAAUCCCCAUUUGGUUAAAUGCUGAGAAUGAGAUGUUGCUGUAGCAGCCCCAGUAUGACAAAGCCAGAGAUAAAAUGAGAUCCAAAAUUGGCUGUCUUUGUAUCCAGAGCUUCACUUUUGCCUCUUUGUGUAAAAUCUGUCCAAUCACAAAUAUUGCAUCUAGACAAAUAUCGUGAUGGUUUCAGAACAUGCAAAGAUGCUCAUGGAUUUUCACAGCCAGAACAUUUUACAAAAAGGCUUUAUAAUUGCCUAGUUCAGGUGUGGGAAGUCCACAGCCCAUAAAAUGGGCUUUGAGUCUGGGAAUUUAUUUUGUGUUUUGCAGAAGUAUACAGAAUUUAUAUUCCUUCUUAUUACUGGAUAACAUCAAGGAUUAUACCAGCCUGCUACUUUACAGUCAUACUCAAAAUUUGUAUUUUGCCCUGAUUUUUCAUCUUUGCCUGAAUUUAGUCUAGCACUCUGGAUAGCAAAGGCCAUGCUCUACUGUAAGGAAUUGCAAUAUGAUUCAAUGCACUUGUUUGUGAUAUUUAGAGAGAAAAGGAGGUUAUUUCAGUAUGCUUGACAGAAUUCACUUUUGUGAGCAAUAUGUUGUAUUAACGGAUGAACAGCAACGAUAGCAAUUGUAAAUCACAGAAUCACAGAAUGGUUGAGGUUGGAAGGGAUAUCUCUGGAGAUCAUCUUGUACAAGCUCAAGCGGGGUCCCUGAGGGGACAUUAACCCAUGAUUGUGUCCAAAUGGCUUUUAAGUAUCUCCACUGAAGAAGACUCCACAUGUCAGGGCAACCUGUGCCAGUGUUCAAUCACCCAUAUAGUAAUGAAGAAUACCACACCCCCAGUUCCUCCAUAGCCACUUGCUUUUUUCAAGUCAUUUUCAUUUUAGCGACAUUGUCAGCUAGUAAAUACAGGACAUGUUUUGUUUCUGAGGGCAAACACAUUCCAAUUCAGUGGAAGAUGUGGCUGGUUGGGGUUCAUGUACCCUACAGUGCAUUCAUGUUUGUGGUCACUUCAGCAGGGCUUAUAGAUGUCUUCAGUUUGGGUUGUGUUCAAGCAAACUGGUUCAAGCAAACCUCAGCAGGUUUCCAUGUCUGGAUGGGCAGCCAGGUAAGUACAGAGCUGCCUGAUGCCACAGCAGAAUUGGUGGGAAAACUAAAGGAAACAAAUAAGUGCUUGCUUUUCCAGAGGUUUUCCACUUGUUCACUACAAAUACCUGCUGCCUCUGGAAGAGUGAAGCCAAACCCAUACCACACUGCUUUCUAGAUGUGAGUUUGUUAAAAGUAGGUAUUCAGAAGUAAACCAGAAUUUACUUAAAUAAUGAAGCAUUUAGAGGUGCUUUUCUUGUCCUUGCUUGUAUCUCCUACUCAGUGCCUCACUUCACGAUAUGCUGAAACCUCUUUCUCUACCCCUCCCCAGGUCCCUGCCUUCCCUCCCACUGCCUUUGCCUGCCUGCACUGUGCUCCACUGUGCCAAGGCCCUUCCUGCUCCCUCUGCAAACCCAUCUGUGCUGCGAAACUUCCCACCUACAAAGACCACACGUUGCUGUCUGGAUCCCACUCUCUUCUUGUUUUGUAUCAGUUUAAAUCUGUUGGCUUCUGUGGUGCUGCUUCUCCCCUUGUGGCUUUAGAGAAGAAUCACAACUCUGUAUCUAGCUGGGCUGCUCAAGGAUAAAAUCCGCCUGGGGAACAAAAGGCUCCUGUUGUUUUCUCAGCAACAUGAAGCUUUCUCUGCACUUAGAGUAGCAAAUUAACAACAUUUCCAAGUGAAAUGUAGCUUAUUCCCAGGCAAUGAGCAUUUCUGCUUAUCCCUGUCCUGCUCUAAAACUCUUCUACCUAUGUGAGUCUGGGAGAGAUUGUUUGGCAAACACUUCUGCCACUGAUGCUGGGAAUUACUGCUGAGGCUUUGUGAGAGGCCUCGGCAGGAAAAUGUGUUCCAGGUAUAUGGUUCACCACUUCCCCAGGAGGCUUUCCUUUUUUCCUCACAAUCUUCAAGAAUGUGCCAAGGGAGGGGUGGUUUUCAUAUACCUAAGGCCUGAAGAAUGUGAGUAAUAAUCAAAGGUUUUGGUGUGUUGUACAAAGCAUCCUUUUGUGGUAAGAGGCAGUCCUCAUUACCGUCUGUGAGACUGGGGUCUGUCUGAGCAAAGUCCAUUCCUUUGCCUUCAGAGUGCUCUUCUCUCUCUCACUGUGGAACUGCCCCACCACUAGCAGUGCAGAUGGAUACUUCAUGGAAGGAAACUCCUUCUGAGGGGCCACAGAUCCCAGGUACUCAGUAGUCAUUGGCCUGGUACUCAGCCGGUACUCAGAAGAAUCACAUGAAGAUGUGUAUUUAGUGUUGGCAUUGACUAUAGAAACCCACAGUGUCUAAAAACAAGUAUAGCUUCUCCCAGAGACACCUGCACAAUUGCUGCUGUGUGGGAAGAAACAGACACAGUGCAAGUGAAGUGAAACACAUUACCCAGAAUGGAAUCUUACCGAGUCAGAUCCUUGCAGUGACAAAUCCACUCCCAACCAAGCCAGAUUCUGCAUUUUCUAAAUGUAUUCUUGGGUGUCUUUGUCAUGACCAGAAACACCAGAGCUGAAGCUCUGCAUUGAUUCCAAGGGUUUGUUGGCUUACAGUGUUUGUGAUGGCUGGGCACUGAGAUAUCUAUUUACCCUGCUUUCUCUAUUUAGUUCUUCCCUAGGCAUACUGCUGAGCCUUUGUGAAUCCUCAUUGAUUUUCCCAGGAGCAAAAUGUCAUUACUGCAGCAGGCUGUGUACAUCAGGUACACUGAAAAACAGGAUCGUUAGGUGGUUGUGUCAUUAGCUGUGCUUCUAGUGUACUUCAUAGUGCUUUCUUCCCAAGAGGUGACACUGAUUGUCCAAGUUAGCUGCUUCAUCAGCCUUUAAUGCAGUGCCAUUAGGUCUCACACUGCCUCUAGCAUGUUUAUCCCCACACAGGUUAGGUGCAGGGAGCAGCACAGCACAAAGCGUUCCUGCAGGAGGCCUGAUGCUGGAGGGGCUUGCACAAAAUCACUCAGCAAGUCCCCAGCUGAGCGGGAUUGAACCUGGGUCUUACGUGCCUGUGGGUGAAAUGAGCAGUAAGGCAGAACUACCUCACAGCUGAAGGAAACUGCAAUGGGUUGAUGGAGUGUGAGACUUUGGGAAGGAGGAGAGAAACCUUUGGACUGCUUCAGGCUUGGUCUUCUCCAUUCCUGUCCCAAACUGUCCUUAAGCUGACUGAGUCGUUGUGGCAUCGUGCAACUAUAGAUUGUGAUGUGGUUGACUUAAAGGUUAGAUAAGUUUAUGUUUGGAAUAUACAUAUAUUUUCCUUUUAAAUAUCACUUGCAACCUGUACAUUUCCUUUGCCCAUCUGCAGUCAGGAAGAUAUGGCUUUGAUCUGGUAUUAACUGCAUCUGAUCAUGCACAAUUGUUAAUUCCUAUGCAAAAAUCUAAUUGCCUACAAGAAAAAAAAAGUCAUGUAUUUUGUGAAACUUUCUUUUUUUGGAAGCUUUCUGGUGAGAUAUUUUCUGUUCAGACAGCAGAGAUAUAGGUCACAUAUCAUAUUAAUUUUCCAUUUAUAGUUAGCUUUCAAGAGUUAACAAAUGAUUACUUGUCACACAGCUCUGAUGAAGCACCUGAACUCAUUGCCUAUCAAGCUAUUGCAACUCAGACUUCUACGCUUUAGUUAGCACCUUACAGUCACAAACCUCAGCUGACCUAAGGCUGUGGCUAUAUCUGAAUUGCAUGUCAGGAUGGGCCCUGGGCACGCACUAUCAUCUUCUAGGGCUUCUUCAGCAGGAAGCUCAUGUGUGGGCAGGAGGGGGCUGUGGUGUGCUUCCAUAGGUCUUCUCCUCCCUGUGGCUGGAGACCAGCACCCUUGGAGAUGCCAUGCAGGCCAUUGGCUCUGCAGAUGAGGCUCAGGCAUGGUACGUAUGGUACGGGGACCUGCUUGCCACAUUCAAACAGUCGCUGCCUUGAGCUCUUCUUUUGCCUUAGGUCAGAGGAGGUGCAGCUCUGCAUCUCCCUUGGGCUCCUGGGCACAGGAUGUUACCCAUCUGUGUCCCCGGCCACCAGGCUUGGGACUGGUUUCCUCCACCCGCACCAUUGCCUGGUGGCUAACUCAGGUGUGUAGUCCAAGUGAAACUCAAACAGAUUGGAUUCAAAACCAACCCCUCUUAGCUUUAGCCAGCACAAAGCUUUGUCAUACUUGCUAGGAUUUAAGAUGCAUUUAUGCCCUUCUACCCUUCUGAGAACUGGGCACGCUCUGGGCAGACACCUUAUGGCUCAUCUAUCAGGUGCCCACCUUGCCUCCUCCAGAUUAGUGCUCCAAGAUUUCAUCAGAUGCACAUAAACCGAUAACUUUGAUUGUCAUGUUAAUCAAUUGUUAUUAACUGAUCUAUGAUCAAGCAGGCAACUAAGCUCCUUACUGGUCAUGUUUAACCUCUUGCACUGAUGUGGUUUCAGCUAUCCGAAACACAGUGUAAAUGCAACAUACUCAUGACAGCUGCUAUUUUUUUUUUUUUUUAAUAAGCUCUUUAUAAGCCACUUAUAAAUAGAACCUUAAUAUGAAGUGUGACAGAUUUCUAGUCUUUAUUCUCUCCUUAGCCCUCCAAGCGCUUCCUUUCCAUAAUAUGGAAUACAUCCAGUGUGCCCUAGAUAUUCUCCAUUCUUGCUGAUGACUUUAGCUCUCAGCCAUUGAUUCUUUAUCUGUGUAAAUAGAUCAAGGCUGCAACUGCCUUCUCUUUGAACAUUUAAAAAGGACAAAUAAGAUCAGAGGGGCAGUGAAGAGGUGAUGAAGAUGGUGAUGGAAGAUGUAUUUUGUUGUUCAUGUGAUGCAGCUCUAGUCUGAGGGGUUUCAUGUCAAUAUGGUACAGAUAAAAAAUAAGUAUUUCUUUUCCAUCACAGUGGAGAGAAUUGGACUACCUAGUGAGUUCUUAAAGGAAGGAAAAAUAUUGUGAGGACACUGUGACAUUUAUGUAGCAUUAGUGCUUGGUGACAUUCUGUUUCACCAAUGUACUUUGCCAAAUUCAGUGUGUAUAAUGGUCUCCCUUUCACUGCUGAGCAAACACUGUAGCACAAAAUGCUCCGCUUAGGGUUACGUAUAACAUCAGUGGCAAAAUGGGACUGGAACAUGCACUUCCUGGUACCCUCCAGGUAAUGUUUCCCUUCACUCUGUGCUGCCAGGAAAGAGAUUAUUUAUUGGAAAUAUAUUUUUAUAUAUAUGUUCAUUUAUAGGGAGGAAACUCUGAAAGUGCAGGGAGGAGAAAUGUUUAGAAGUCUAUUCUGGUUUUGUUUGUUUAUUUCUAUGGGGGAAAAUUCUAUGCAUCAGAGACUUGCAUGGUGUUGAAAGUUUAGAAGCAAUAUCAUUAAUCUCAGCAUAUGUCAUUCAGAUUUCAUUGAGCCUUGUCUCUGCAGCAGCCAGCGUGCUGUUACUUUAACACUGAAAGAAGUAAAGCCCUGUUGUUACUUCUCACUCUUUCCUUACAUUUAGCUAUGAAAGUAUAACCAUGGAUGCCUCUAGACAAUUAAUAAUUGGCAUCUGCUGUGUUUCUCACAGACAGCAGGGAACAUCAGGUGCAGAACUUGUAGGAUUUAAAGCACAGCCAAAGCUGAGGGCUGCAGAUUGUGCUCUAACCUAAUGCUUCUCAGCCAUAGGUUCCUUCCCCUUUAUUUCCUUAAAACUUUUCUGUUGCGUCACUGAAAAAUCAUAGCCCCUUGCUUUGUAAUCAUACCCCUUUUUUAUUUAAAGUUUUGCCUCCUUACCCAUUAAACACAUCCUCAUUAGUGUUGCUUUUACUUUUCAGAAGCGUAUAUUCAGUAUUAUAGGCUCAGAGUUCUUUUGUUUUCUCCCCAGAGAGGUAAAACCCUGGGGAAUUUAAGUAUCUACUUGAUAGGCUCGCACAAUCUUAAUCAGCCUAUAAUGGAGCUAAUGGCUGUUUGUCAUCCUUGGAGAUAUAAAUUUCCUGGUGAUGUCUACUGCAGUCAGUGCAUGAAGUAUGCUCUGACUGCCAGCAAGGUCUAAUAACCAGGAGAAGGGCAGCCAGCUUCAUUAGCAAGAGGGAGACCGUGCCGGCUGCUUUUCUGGAUAACUCCGUUUUUUGAAUGCUGAGGAGAGAAAAUGGAUAAUGCUGUUGAUGGCUUGGAUAAAGCUUCAAUCGCUAACUCAGAUGGACCAGCCCCAGGAUCCCAAACUCCUCCCUUCAAGAGAAAGGGCAAACUUUCUACCAUUGGCAAAAUUUUUAAGCCUUGGAAAUGGAGGAAGAAGAAGACCAGUGACAAAUUCAGAGAAACGUCAGCAGUGUUGGAAAGGAAGAUUUCGACAAGACAAAGCAGAGAGGAGCUGAUAAGAAGGGGAGUGCUGAAGGAAAUGCCUGAGCAAGACGGUGAUGUAACAGUAAAUUUUGAAACUUCAAACGGACACACCAUAGCUAUUGGUGAAGAAACCAUACAGGAAGAAAAUGCAGUAAAAGCCAGUGGAGAUAAUAGCACUUUAUCAGAGAAACCGUGUGGACCGGAAGGAAAAAAAGAAGAUCAAAAAGCUAGUGCUUCACAUGCUAAAAAAACACCAGUCUCCAAGUCCUCUUCAUCACCAUCUACUUCGUCCACAUCAUCUCAUCCCAAAGCCUCUAAAGAGACUUCCAGCAAAUCAGGCACAUCAGGAACUCCCAGGGGCAAGAAAAGGCCUGGGAAACAAACAGCUCCACGAACGGCACCAGAUGGGGCUGCCUCUUCCCCUUCAGGUGCCACUACCAACAAGUUGGAAGUGAAGGCAGAAAAAUCUGAGCCUGAGCCUUCCAGUGUAAUUUCUGAAACAGAGGAUGUAGGCGAACCAAGCAAGCUGGUUGUUCCCCCUCCUCCCAUCACUGCUCCUCCUCCUCCACCCCCACCUCCACCUCCACCUCCUUUUACUUCUGCAGCUGGUCAACUCAUUGUGUCUUCAGAUGCCCAAGAUCCAUCCGUUCCUGGAUCAGAUAGUAAACCUCUUCUCCAGGCUGAGCGAGGCGCGGAUGAGGGCUUGAGCAGUACAACCCCAGACAGUGGUCCAGAUGCUAGUGGAGAGGAGACAAAAAGCUUGGCUAGCAAAGACAACCAAGAAGCGAAGGCAGCUGGCCAGACUCACUCUGAACCAGCAGAGAAGACUUCUGAUGCUGCUGCUGCUGCUGAGAGUGAAAGCAGCAGAGAGAGCCACGGCAGUGACUCUGAUUCUGAUGGGCCCAUACUUUACACAGAUGACGAUGAUGACGACGAUGAUGAUGAUAAUGCGAGUGCUGAAAGCUCUUUGGCAAGUAAAAUUCGUCGUAGGGAUACUCUUGCUAUCAAACUUGGCAACAGACCAUCUAAGAAAGAAUUAGAAGACAAAAACAUCCUGCAGCGUACAUCUGAAGAGGAGAGGCAGGAAAUCAGACAUCAGAUUGGAACGAAGCUUGUGAGGAGACUUAGCCAGAGGCCUACAACUGAAGAGCUAGAGCAGAGAAAUAUCCUGAAGCAGAAGAAUGAAGAAGAAGAACAGGAAGCCAAAAGAGAAAUAAAACGUAGACUCAGUAGAAAGCUCAGCCUGAGGCCUACGGUGGCUGAACUUCAAGCAAGACGAAUCCUACGGUUUAAUGAGUACGUGGAGGUUACAGAUUCUCCGGAUUAUGACCGUCGUGCUGACAAGCCAUGGGCCAGGUUAACUCCUGCAGACAAGGCAGCAAUACGGAAAGAACUGAAUGAAUUUAAAAGCACAGAAAUGGAAGUACAUGAGGAAAGUCGACAGUUUACCAGGUUUCAUCGUCCAUAGUUGUAUGACCACAUCCCAUGUUCUAUGUAACAAUUUUCUUUGGGGAAAUCAUUGUGUCCUGAAGACCCAAGAGUGCACUGGAACUUGACUGAGCGUGAGCGUAUCUUGCAGCUUGCCCUGAAGUUAAUGAAGGAUGUGGCCCUCGUCUUUAUCAGUGAACAAAUUAAUUGAGUAGGAGGAGAAGCCAUACGAAGUGUUUAUUUUAACAAAGAUACAUCUCGAUGCUAAGACAGAGCAUGGUGCUGUGGCCAGCCCACAGAGACAAGCUGAUGGUCUUCUUCAUCAGAGUUUGACACAUCGAGAAGAGCAGAAGACAAUCACUAGAGAGCCUACGGCCAGGAACUCCUCAGACCUUAUGGCAUUGUGACUGGGGGUAAACUGAAGAGGGGAGCGUGAGGAGGACUGAGAGCAGGGGAAGGGGGACUUCCCUUGUCAGCCAAAAGUGAAUGGUGGGAUGGUUGGCACUGUUUAGGGAUGCACUUGGCCAGUGGGAAGAAUCAUUUAAAAAAAAACAAAAAACUGUGUGAGCAGCUGUGCAUGUAGAUUCUAGUGGCUGCAGCCUGUCUGAGAAAGACAGAAAGCCACAAGUCCUCAUGUCAUCAGUACUUUAGUGAAGAACUGUAAUUUUCUCUGGUGCCAGUAAAUGCAGUUGCCAGAAAUUAGUCCUAUUAUAACUCAGACAUCUUUUUUAAAAAUCCUGAUGAGCAUGCUUCAAGAAAAUACAUUGAACAUUCAUACAGAACAAGUAAUAUAUUUUUCAUUUUUUAAUGUUGGUGUACUCUGGAUUCUCAGAAAUAGGUAAACAGGAUUCAGAGAGCAAACGACACCUGACGCUAUAAAUGCAAUGAAAUUACUUGUGUUUAAAAACACUCCUUUCCACCUGUCACUUGCCAUUCAAACCAGAGGGAUCACUAUCAUCCUCACCUGUGGCAGGCAAUAGUGACAGCUUUGACAUCGUGUUAGUGUGGAUCCAAAUUCAGAAUUGAAAUGGGGCACAAAUGCCCUUACCGGCAGGUUGGAGCAGUGAUUGCUAAUAUGACAUUUUACAUGUGAGAAUCCUUGCACUGCUUAUAGGAAGGACUCACAUAUGAAUCAGUGUGUCUCAGUCUGUGGUCUUGUGAAAGUUAAUAGAAAAUCCUUAGAGCAUCUGCAGCCUGUUUUUGUUGAGUGUGAAGAAUGCUUAUUAGAUCCAUAAAUUUUUAUACUAUCUUGGAAUUGUAUAUGUGAAGACUGCUAUUCAAAUUAAAUGGUAUGGAGUGUGAAAGGCAAUACAUGCUUUUUGUAAGUUGGCCCUAAACCUAUUAAAAAGCCUGUGGCGUUGUUUACACUAA